GUGAAGGAGUGAUUCUAAUUACGCACAGACGUUUUUCAGUAAUUUGCUACUUCAACUGUUUAUUUCGUGACUAAAAUGGCAAAUAAGUCAAAGAAAGCUACCUCUAAGACUAGAUACACGAAUGUAGAAACGAUUUUGGAAGAGAUUGCCCGGGAUAGUGAGACAGAUUUGGCCGAGAUUGAAGAGGACUCCAUUAGCUCCCAUAGUUUCGAUUCUGAAGCUGAGGAAUAUUUUUUGAACGGAGAGGACAUCGUUUUGGACUGUGGCACUGACUCCGACUGGGAGCCCCCAGUGCCAAGGUGUUCAUCCAGCUGUACCCCUGCCGUCUCUGGCUCCACACCUCCCGGGCCAUCUAGAGGUGUGAAGAGGAAGAGGGGAAGUGUGCCACCCACUAACAGAGGGACAGAUGGGCGUUGGCACACCAUCCUAGAAGAUGAUGUGGAGCCACCACAACCAACUUUUAGGCCGAAAAGGAAGCCAGGACCUCAGGUGAACCCGACCUCCACUUACACCCCCCUUCAGCUUUUCCAACUGUUUUUUACACCAUCUGUUGUAGGUUCGCUCGUGUCCAACACAAAUAAGAAUGGGAAGAAGAAACAAGCAGGCAAAAAGGUAGCAUGGAAGCCCAUAUCCAUGUCAGAUCUUUUUUGCUACCUUUCACUUGUUAUCUACAUGGGGCUGGUGAAGCUGAAGAACCUGAAGGACUACUGGAAAACGUCAUAUCUGUACCAACUGCCUUUCCCCAUGACUGUUAUGUCCUGCAAAAGGUUUAUGAUUAUUUCACAGGCGCUUCACAUCAGUGACCCAAAGGUUGAUGAAGAGAAUGAGAAGAAGAGGGGCACAGCAGCGUUUGAUAGACUGUGCAAGAUCAAGCCGCUCUACCACAGCAUUGUUGAGGCCUGCAAGACGUAUUUUCAGCCAGCCCAGAAUGUGUCAAUCGAUGAGAGGAUGGUAUCCUCAAAGGCAAGAAUUGGCCUCAAACAAUACAUGAGAAACAAACCAACCAAGUGGGGUUACAAGCUGUUUGUUUUGGCUGAUUCUGUAUGUGCCUACACAUGCAAUUUCUUUGUCUACGAGGGGAAGAACAGUUUUGCUACUGGCAAGGGACUCAGCUAUGACUCUGUAAUGGCAUUAUUGGAUUUUCAACUGCUAGGGAAGGGCUACAAACUGUUUGUGGAUAACUUCUACACAAGCCCUACCCUGUUUGCAGACCUAAGGAAGCUGGAUGUAUGGGCUUGUGGCACCAUUCGUACCAACAGUGUGGGCUUUCCGAAGACAAAGGUGAACGACAUGCCUAAGCGGGCUGAGCGGGGGAGCAUGCGAUGGAUCCGUGAAGAUGGCCUGCUUUUUGUAAAGUGGAUGGAUACCAGAGAGGUGGUGAUGUGCUCCACUAUCCACAAGUCCUUCAGUGGGGAUCGUGUUGUCAGGCGUGUGAAGGACGGUGCCGGGACAUGGACCACCAAAAAUGUCCCCGUUCCAGCUGCAGUGAAGGACUACAACAAGAGCAUGGGCGGAGUCGACCUUUCGGACGCGCUAAUCGGCUACUACAAUGUUCUCCACAAGACAAUGAAAUGGUACAAGACCUUCUUCUAUCAUUUCAUCGACAUCGCCGUAGUGAAUGCAUUCAUCCUACACAAGGAAAUGGCAACGAGCUGUGGAAAGCCCUUCCUCUCACAGAAAGCCUUCAGAGAGCAGCUCAUCAGGGAGCUUGCUGGCUACAGCACCACUGCACCAAGCCCUGUCCCUUCUGCUUCUGCCACAAGUGUUCAUCUGCCCAAAUAUAUUUGUGCAGGCAUGGAUGUGCCUAAGGGCCAAAAGGGCACAGCAUGGAGGCGUUGCUGUGUUGUUUGCAAGAUGAAGUCUCCCAUCACAUGCAGCACAUGCUCAGUGACCCUCUGCUUUACAUCAGAGAGAGACUGCUAUGGCAUCUGGCAUGAGCAGCAGAACAUUGUCUAGAGUUUUGGCAAUGUUGGUGGGGUCAUAUGGCAAAGUGGGUCUGCGGUCUAGCUGAGAACACCAGUCUGCAGUCUAGCUGAGCUAGGGUCAGUAUGUUAUAUCUGGAGUAUUUUUCCUGUCUUACCCGGUGUCUUGUGUGAAUUUAAGUCUGCUCUCUUU